AUGCGAACCAGGCACGCCAAGAGAGCGGGACUCCACACUGACCGAAUGGACGUGUUGCAAGCCCUGCAAGUGUGCGCGAUGCCUGGCGCGCCUGGCACAGCCGCUCCCUUAUCCGACGCAUUGAGUCAACCGGACCAGUCCAGUCACUGCCAGUCAGCCUUCCCCCACACACCCAAACGCGCCUGCGCGCUUCCUCACAAUCACGUCCUUCCUUCCUCUUCAUCCGCAUUGCCCUCCGAAAUGACAUCCGACGCAGAUCGACAGCUGGCAUCCAGCUUCGCCAGGCUUCCGACAGAGCUCCUUUCCAGGAUAGCUAGACCGCUAUCCACGACCGACUUCUGCGCACUUCGAUCGACUUGCAAACUGGUCGAUCACAAGCUGCUCAACGAGUUCGCAUACGAGUUUUUCCGCAAGAAACAGUUCAUGAUGACAUCGGCAUCCCUGCAAGCGCUCAAGGACAUUUCGAACUCCCGCUUCAGUGACUACCUCAGCCAUGUGGUCAUCGGAACCGACCAGCUGUUCAACUCGAAGUGGGAUGGGAGUAUCACUAUCGACGACAAGCGAAAGUAUCGCGCGACGGCCGACGAGCAGAAACUUUUCGGCCACAUAGGCUGCGCCUCCAAGUUUGAGGACGCGAUCGCCGGACUGAGUCGCCUGGAAACCCUCGACAUUCGAGACUUCAACUCGGCUACAAGAUUCCGGGAUGGACAGUUCGCCCAGUGGAGAUCGUACGGCGUCGCCGAACUCCGAAAGGCGGGCACUGUAGGGUUUGGCAACCUUGAAUGGGCGACCUGCAUCUAUCAGAACAUCCUCCUCGGAGCAGCCGCCGCCAACGCUCGAAUCAAGAGCCUGGAGGUUAUAUCCAAGCGGAACGGUUGUCUUCACGACAGCUCGCUCUCGAUAGCCAAACCUAUGGCUCCCAAUCUGUCCUCGCUUCUGUCGGGCUUGACAAAGCUGCACCUGGAUAUCAUGGCCAAUUGGGAGGACUUGAAAUUCGUGGGUCUACCCAACCUCUGCUACCUGUUGCAGAAUACCCCCAACGUCGAAUGGCUUCGCCUUAACAUCGACAUGGCAUUGUCUGAGUAUGAUGGCACUGAGGAUAAAGGGUGGAUCGGCUUUCUUCAAUGGCUGGCGAAGGAGCCGCCGUCAUCGGAUGUGAUCGCCAAAUAUACCCCAGCACCGACGUUUGAACUCAAGCAACUCGACCUGGGCCGCAUAGUCGUAUCGCCUGAUCGAUUGCUGGCCAUUGUCGCGGCUUAUCCGUCCUUGAAAACUCUAGCGCUGUCUAGAUCUACGUUGACGGAACCGUCCGGUACGACAACGCCACCUGCGGAUGCCGGUACGGCGUACCUUGUCAAGCGCGUCCUCACAGGACUGGAUAACACGACCGUGGAGAAAUUCAUUCCAAGGGCUCUUAUCCAACGAACCAGCGAAGGCAGAGGGGAUGUGCAAUGGAUCUCGAGAGGCACCACCAAAGACAGCAUUCAACUCCGGGGCCAGCCGGGCCAGUCUGAGUUCAAGGACGCAGCCAGCCUGAUCUCCUUCCGAAUCCAGACCCCAGCUUGUAAGUCAAUGUCAGUGUCUUCGCUCAUUGCAGAUUAUUAUCCGGCCAGUGACGACGUCAGCGCUUCGGAUGAUGGAGGCGAGGGCGACGAGGAUGAGAGCGACGGGGGCGAGAGCAAUGGCGAUGAAGAUGAGGACUGA